CCCAUACAAGCUCGUUGCCAAAAAUUAAAGGUGUCGACAGCGCGAAAGUAUAUCCAUACUUGUUAUAUCUCUACGCUGCUAUGUCCAAGAAACAGGACAAAGUGGACAACGGCAUCGUGGCCGUGAAGAGCAAAUUUGAUGCCGACAUUGUUAGAUUUUCCAUUAAUCGUAACAAGCCUAUGAACUAUGAGGAUUUUCGUAAAUUCAUAGCAGAACGGCAUGAUUUAGGAGCGGAUUUUAACUUUUUAAUUUGGUACAUGGAUACAGAUGGUGAUCUACUUCCCAUCAAUAAUGAUAACAAUCUGGCUAGAGCUUUAUUGGCCACCAGGUGUCUACUCAGAAUUUUUAUACAAAGGAAAGAUGACAGAACAUGGGACAAUGGGCAUGGUACAACAAAACCUAAAAACCUGAUAUCCAGUAUUCUGGGUAGCACACCAGGAAAGCCAAAAUCUAUUGCUAUUUCAAAUCCACAUGAUUUUAGGCAGGUGUCCGCAAUUAUUGAUGUCGAUAUACUGCCAGAAACUUGUCGACGUGUACGUCUUUUGAAACACGGUUCCGAUAAGCCCUUAGGAUUUUAUAUUAAAGAUGGUAUAAGUUACCGCAUAUUGCCAUCGUCAGCUGGAGAGGGAAUUUCCAGGGAGGAGAAAGUUCCAGGAGUGUUUAUCAGCAGAUUAGUACCAGGUGGUUUAGCAGAGAGCACAGGCCUUCUAGCUGUAAAUGAUGAAGUUCUGGAAGUGAAUGGUAUAGAGGUUGCAGGCAAAACACUUGAUCAGGUAACAGAUAUGAUGAUAGCAAAUUCUUCCAAUCUCAUCAUAACCGUCAAACCGGCGAAUCAGAGGGCCGCGUUAACAGCACCUCGCCGCGGCUCCUACUCACGUAACAGCCAGUUAUCUUCUGGAAGUCAUCAGUCUACCCAAAGCGCGGGUAGCGAUGAGGAGGCAGACGAAAUUGUCGAUCUUACAGGUUUGGCGAUGCAGGACGACGCUUCGGCAUCGUCUAUUCAACACCAUCAUUACCAUCAUCAUCACCAUCAUCAAAAUUAUAGUCACGAUCAGAAUGUUCUGCAUCUUUAGGGUGAUUCUGUUUAAGGGGGCAUGCCCGUUUGAACUCUCGAAAAGUGCAUCUUCUUGAUUUUUUUUACAGUGCAACGAUUUGAUAAAAACAUUUUAAUAUUAAUACAAUAGUAUUUAAAAAUUUUCAGCUUAAAAAAAAGUUUUUUUCGUUUAAGUUAUAUAUUUGCAGAAUUUUCUCUAAUUUUAAAUGGUUGCACGGUGUAUAUGAAAAUAUUUGUAGAGCAUAUUUGAAAUCAAAAAUACAAUUUUUUUUUUAUCAAACAUUAAUAUCUAUCAAUACAAAAAAAGCUACGACGCGUUCGGCCGAGCCACGCUGAGAUAUCUGGAUAACCUUCCAUUCAAAAUUUUGUAACUUUAUCAAUUUUUUAAAUGUCUAUAUCAGAUUUGCUUUAUAUUGUUUUUAAAAUAUCAAGUUAUGAAAACAUACAAAAAAAUUUAUUUUUUGAAAUUUUCAAACGGAUAUGUCUUCUUAAUUGAUUAACUCUUGAACAACGUGACAGCUGGCGAAAACUGAGUCAAUUUUGAUUUAUAGUAAAAUUUUUUUAUAUGUAUCCCAAAUUAAAAUAUUAUAAUGGCUUUUAAUUUGGGAUACAUAAAAAAAGAAUUUAUUUAUUAUAUAUUAUAUAUAUUAUAUUCCUAAAUAUCUUUUUCUUUUAUUAAUUAUAAAUAUUAUAUAUAUUAUAUUUCUAAAUAUCUUUUUCUUAAAAUAUUAUUGUGUGCUUAAAAUUAAAAGAAAAAGAAAAAUAUUUAAAAAAUAAGAAUUACACAUUGAUAUUUUUGAAUAAUGCACAUACUAAUAUUUGUUUCGCAUGUGAUUUAUACAUAAUUAAUUUAUAAAUAAUUUUAUUCUUAAAAAAUCGCAAGUGACUCGGAAUCUGCUGGCGGGGGUUAAAUUAUGCUCAAUAUAAUAGCGUCCGCUAACAUUAUUACUCGCGAGAGAAGUUAUAUAGAAAUAAGGCUCUAUGGAGAAACACGUAUACACGACAAUAAUCAUGUUGAUUCUGGAAUUUUACGAAGUUUUUAGACUAGUUGAUAGAUGUAAGAAGAGUUUGUUGGGAUUACAGUAUAAGUACGUCUUCGAACUAUAAAAUCAAUACUUUGGAACUAAUACUAUUCUAUGGCUUCGACUUUGAAAGAUGAAUGUCAUGCCUUGCAUGUAAAAAUCAUAGAAUGAGGAUCUAUAUAUAAUUAUAAAGUUAUACAGUAUCAAGAUAAUAUAAAUAUAUAGAAAAAUGAGAGAAGUAGCAAUCAAAAGAAAAAAACAAUUUUUGAAGUAUUAGAUUAUUAAAAUUAAAAGAAAUUGCAAUUGUAGCUGAAUAUUUCAUGCAAAUUCCAAGUUUAAAAGAAAUGCGCGUUUUUAUUAUUAUGAGAAACAGAGCAAUUAUAGAAUAAUCAGUUCUAUACUUUAUUUUUAGUCUAAUGGCAUUAUUUCUUAUAGAUGAGAAAGAAAUGGAAAGACAAAGUACUUAUAUUACAUUGUAUUUUUUACAGUAUAUUUGUACUUUAGUGCCUUUUAAAUCGUGUUGAAGUUUUUUUUUGAUAAUUGGAUAUAUAGCUCUGAUCAAAAUAUUUUCUUUACAUUUACGAAUCAUUCUUUUAUAAUAUUAAUUGAAAACAAUUAAUUUAUUAAUUUUAAGAUAAAUUUGGGGAAGAAAUUUGUAUUUCUUUAUUUUAUAA